AUGUACCGCCGCAAGAAGGAUCACAAACGAGGCAUUUCGUAUUCCCUUAUGUUGGUGGGUGAUGUUGGAACCGGAAAGACCACGUUUGCCAACAAUUUAUUAGAGAUGGCGAUUUUCCCCCACAAAUACGCGAUGGAAGUGCCAGAAUUGGCAGAAAAUCCGCGCGUGAAAGUCAUUAAACCAACGAUGGUCGUCUCCUACAAUUCCAAGAACGGAAUUCCGUCGCAUAUGGCCCAGUUUGAUGCCGGUCGCGAGCACUUCGAACCGGGCGUGACGAUAACAUCUACUACUAUGGAGAUUUCAACGGGACAAGAGCAGCCCUCGUCCAGAUCUUCUGUGUCGAGUGAGAGCUCUGCCAUGACCCACAAUGGUAGCAUGAACUCCGACAAGAUCUCAUUAAACCUAGUAAAAACGCAUGGGCUCGGUGAAAACUUGGACAACUCUAUGUGCUUUGAUGAGAUAACCGGGUACCUAGAACAGCAAUUCGAUCAGGUCUUGGGAGAAGAAACCCGUAUCAAGAGAAAUCCACGGUUUGAAGAUACCAGGGUACACCUAGCCUUGUAUUUCAUACCACCUACGGGCCAUGGACUUAGAGAAAUGGAUGUCGAGAUGAUGAAAAGGCUGUCCCGCUUUACUAAUGUCCUGCCGAUCAUUUCUCGCGCUGAUUCGUUCACCAGGGAAGAACUUAUUAAAUUCAAAAGGCAGAUUAUGGACGACAUCGAGAGGUUCAAUGUGCCAGUUUACAAAUUUGAAGUUGAUCCAGAGGAAGACGAUCUAGAGACUGUGGAGGAAAACCAAGCUUUGGCGAUGCUACAACCUUUCGCAGUUAUGUGUUCAGACGAAAGAAAUGAAAACGGUCACUUUGUCAGAAGUUAUCCUUGGGGUGAAAUUAAAGUGGAUGACGACAAUGUGUCCGACUUGCGUAUUCUCAAAAACGUAUUGUUUGGAUCCCAUUUCCAAGAAUUUAAGGACACUGCUCAAAACUUUUUGUAUGAAAACUACAGAGCUGAAAAACUCUCAUCUGUAUCCGAAUGGGACAUGGACAAAAACAGUGAACAUAUAGACAACAAGCGUAACUCUGCCGCUCCAAGUUUGUCAAAUUUUGCCUCUUUGAUAACCACAGGCCAGUUCAAAUCAUCAAAUUCUUUGGCAAUGCCUCCACAAUCUGAAACGCCAACAACUCCAGAUUCCAGAGAAAUAAGCCAUGGAUCGGGUCCUGAAUCUCCUGCAUUGAGACAGAUUUCCCAAAGUAUAAGGCGUGGGAAUGAAGAAAUCAUAAAUAAUAUCAAAAACUCUCCCCGGUCUUCUGCACCCGGUUCCCCUGACAAGUCCAAAUUGAGAAACAUUUCUGAAACAGUGCCUUAUGUAUUGAAGCAUGAGCGUAUCAUUGCCAGGCAACAGAAGCUGGAAGAACUGGAAGCUCAAUCCGCUAAGGAAUUGCAAAAGCGUAUCCAGGAUCUAGAGAAAAGAGCGGCUGACUUGAAAUUAAGAGAGAGAUUGUUGCGCCAGCAACAUUUGAACAGCUCGAAUGCAUCUCUGACCUCAAAGAGCUCCUCGACCCAGCAUGUCUUACCAGUGCAAUCUAAACUCAAAAAGGAGGAAAGUGUCACCGACUUGGCAUCAAUAGUGAGCGGAAGAGCAUGA